AAAAAAAAAUGAAGUUUGCGCGGGAAUUUGGGGUUGGCUAGGGUAUACAGACACGCUCGCGUCGCGAAUGUCACGACGCCGAUAGCUAUCAGCGCGCAUGCGAGGUGCAUAUAGUACAGCCAUUUGGUACAACAUCAUGGAGCUAUUUCAGAAAUACUUCUUACAUAACCAGGCUUACCAGGUCAUAAUCUGUAAGCAGUGUCAAUAUGCCGUUAGCCCGGCCCAUAUUCAAGGCUAUUUGCAAGAGAAACACAAGAGCACCACUGUUCGGCAACGAGUCGACAUCGCAGCGUUUGUUCAGCGUCUGCCCCAUGUCGCACAGACGCCCGACAAGGUUAAGUAUCCCGAUGCGAGUAGUCCGCCCAUCGCCGGCAUUCCCGUAUAUCCCAAUGGACAUCGAUGCGUGUUCAACGUCGACGGCCGCGAAUGCAAUGUCACAUACCGCGAACGCACGGGCAUUCAGAAGCAUUGCAAGGACCAGCAUAAUUAUCAGAGUACCCGAGCAAAAGGCCGACCGGAUUUCGAUGCCGUCCACCGUCCACUAUGGGAAACGAACCAACCAUGCCAACGUUUGUUCCGUACAGGCAAAUGGCAAAAGGUAUUUCCCGUCCAGGUCGUGCCCUAUGCCGGCCCAGCCUUAGAACACACCGGAUGGGAGCGUCAUUUAUCGAACGAUUAUCGACGAUGGAUCACCGAAUGCGUCAAGGCCGAGCCUAAUGUCGACAAAGUGCAGGCAUGUUUAGAAGACGAUGCCGCCCCAUUCGCCCCCGAAUCGGAGCAGGCGUUGUCGCGGGCGUGUGACGGUACCAUAGUGUUGAUCCGUCGUUCGUUCCAAGCCAGCCGGGUAGAGAUCGUCGGACGACAUGCGUUGCAUUGCGUCAAUCGCCGGGAGACCGGCGCCGACAACAACAACACGCCAUUUUACGGCAAACAGAAGGUGCAGACGAUCCUUCGGCAUUUUGGAUUGCCAUGUUCGAUCACGAGUUGAAGGACAAUGAGUACGUCAAUGGCAUGUUAAGCGGGUUGGCCGUAUUAGGCACAUGCGGCGAGCGGAACGGGUGGGUGCCCGCCAUUUCUUACACGACUACAUUGGCCGCGGUAAUCAC